AUGGAGUCUAUAGAAGCAAAAGUUGUGCUAACUUCGUUGAGAUCUAAUCUCGUCAACCUUCCAGCAGAUGUGGUAUCGCUUUUGUACAGUGCCAACAUCAAUGUUCAAGGUGUAGUCAUUGAGAUAUCAUGGAAACCAAAGAGACUGCUGCCGUUGCAGUAUGCCUAUGCUGGGUGGUCAGGGAUGACCAGCACCAGUUCACAAGGUCUGAAUAUGGAGAUUGAUCCAGUAUUUGCUAGUUCAAUUGGAUUGAAAGAAAACACCAAAGUGAUGUUGAAAAUGCAGUUCAACGCCCCCGAGGCCCUUAAAAUACACUUGGAACCGGUUUCUUCAUCAGAUUGGGAAUUGGUGGAGAUUCAUGCUCAGUUUCUUGAAAGUCGGUUAUUGAAUCAAACUAGAGCGGUGAAACUCGACCAGACGUUGGUGGUUUACCCAUCAUCUACAAUUAUCGCUUCUUUGAAAGUGGUGAAGAUCGAACCUGUUCCUGAUAACGGGAAUUUCGCAAAGAUAUCUCCGAAUUGCGAAGUAAUAAUCGCUCCUAAGGUUAGAAAGAUAUCAAAUUCAACAGGAUCAAGAGCAAUGAAAUCAAUGGAAAGUAUCAAGAAGAGCCAGGAAUCGUUAUCAAAAAUGUUGUUCAGGAAUAUCUGUGUACCUCAUAACCUGUUCGAUGGAAUUGUCAGUAAUAAUGACAAUAUAUUUGAAGUUUUUGUUAAUUUCAAUGAGCUCAAGGAACCUUUCAAAAAUAUCGAGUAUGUGAAUGUAUCAUUGAUUGCGGUAAAUGAAACAGUAGAAGAAGAUUCAAAAUCUCCAGAGCAAAGCAAGAAAGCAGUCAAUUCCAAAAAACACUCGGAAUCCCCGAUAAAUAAAUACAAGAGUACAGUUGCAAGGCUCAUUAACCAUCCAGAUGCCCCAACAAAUUAUGUUGGAAUAUCAAAAAUCCUUGCACAAACUCUUGGCAUUCAAAACUCUAACGGAAACUUAUUGGUGAUUCAAUCAGCUUUGAGACCGCUAUCUCAAAAACCAAGAUCAAUAUUGAUCCAUCCAUUCAUAACUAAAACCCCUGAGAAGCAAAAAACAAAAGUUCUAGAUAUAACUGGUAGGAAGGGCCAAAAGAAAGAUGACCAGCUGAAAUUGAUCAAGAUAAAAGAAUAUUUAACUGAUUGUGAAUAUUUCAAUAACAAUUCAAUAGCAACGAAUUCCCAAGUACCAUUAAUAAAGAACGUUCUUCCCUUUGGAGGCUCUUUAGAGUUCGAACUUGCAGAAGGUUGGUUUGUUACAAAUUCUAUUGAUGAAGUUGAAUUGAAAAUCGGGAUACCUAUUCUCAAAGUUGAAUCGGAAAUGGAAAAGGUUGUCAAUAAUGGCAUUGAAAGUACCACUAUUUCAUUAAAUGAUGAUGGCGAUGCAACAUCAUUGAUCGGAUAUGAUGACUUGAAAUCGAAAAUAUUAGCAACCAUCAGAAAAGAUAUUAACGGGGUCUUGAUUCAUGGUGCCUCGGGUUCUGGAAAAUCUUUACUAAUAUCCUCAUUGAUCAAAGAACUUCAUCUUCAAACUACACAUAAGAUAAUCUUGAUUAAUCUUGAGGAGUAUUUGAACGAAAUUAAUAGUUUUGAAGCUUUGAAAAAAACAUUCAAUAAAAUCUUUUUGAAAUUGGUCAGCUUUGAAAAGGUGAUUUUGAUUUUGGAAAAUAUUGACUUGAUUUGCUAUAAAGAAUCGGAACAAGGGGGGAUGGGAGAAGGAAACAAUUCAUUAACUAUCAACUUCACAGAAUAUUUCAUUAAUAAUUAUUUUCAACUUAUGAACGGUGAAAACCGUUCUUACGACAUAAAAUUGAUUUUAACCGCGAAUUCCAAGGAUACUUUAAAUAAGGUUUUAUUAUCCAAUCCCUUACUUCUCAACGAGUAUUUCAAAGUUAGUCCACCAGACAAGCAACAAAGAUCAGCAAUUAUAAAUCAUUAUUUGGAAGCGAAAAAAUUGAAAUUUGAAGACCAAACAGGAGUCGAACUAAAUGAUCUUUUGAACGAUACCGAAGGAUAUCUUCCCAAUGAUUUGAAGACGCUAAUAGAUAGAGCAUAUCAUGAAGUCUUGUUCGAUUACUUGAGUUCUGAAAAAUGCUCUUCUGAAAACAAAGAGUUUGUUAUUUUGCCGGAGCAUUUCAAGAAAUCAUUGGAAGGUUUUACCUCAACAGGAUUAAGAAACAUCAAGUUACAGCAGUCCAAAGUGAAGUGGGAGGAUAUUGGAGGAUUGAAGGAUGCCAAAGAGAUUUUAUUAGAAACUCUUGAAUGGCCCACUAAAUACGCGCCGAUUUUUGCAAACUGUCCUCUUAGAUUAAGAUCAGGAAUAUUACUAUAUGGGUAUCCAGGUUGUGGGAAAACUUUAUUGGCGUCCGCGGUAUCUUCCCAGUGCGGAUUGAACUUCAUUUCCGUCAAGGGACCAGAAAUCUUGAAUAAGUAUAUUGGGGCUUCAGAACAAUCUGUUCGCGAGUUGUUUGAAAGAGCUCAGGCUGCUAAACCAUGCAUUUUAUUUUUUGAUGAAUUUGAUUCCAUUGCACCAAAAAGAGGUCACGACUCAACGGGUGUCACCGAUAGAGUGGUGAACCAGAUUUUAACCCAGAUGGAUGGGGCUGAAGGGUUGGAUGGGGUGUAUGUUUUGGCUGCUACUAGUAGACCUGAUUUGAUUGAUUCUGCAUUAUUAAGACCAGGAAGAUUGGACAAGAGUGUGAUUUGUGAUAUUCCGGAUUUUGAAAACCGGUGGGACAUUAUUGAUACUGUGACCAGCAAGAUGAAUUUGGAUGGUUCAGGUAUAGAUUUGAAUGAUAUUGCAAGAAUUACUGAGGGAUUUUCUGGGGCUGAUUUACAAGCGUUGUGUUACAAUGCCUAUUUGAACGCGGUUCAUCGAAAAUUAAAGAAUGAUGAGAUCAAAAAGGAGAAAAGCGCCAGUGGAUCUAAAGACUCAAAGAUGGCUUUCGAUUUUUUCCAAUUGGAAUUGAGCCAAGACAAAAUUAAGGAUUUAACGUUAAUUGAAAGAACAAAAUUGUUUAAAACGAUCGAGACAAUAAUUGCCAAGGAUGAGAAGCCAUCAUCAACUGAAAGUGACCAACAGGGGGACCAAGACUUCAUUGUUUAUAUAACGGAAGAGGAUUUUCAAACUGCAAUCAAGGAGACUAGUCCAAGUAUUUCGGCAUCGGAAAGAAUGAAGUUGAAAAACAUUUAUAGUCAAUUUAUCGCUGAUAGAGAUGGUAAUAUGCCUGAUGGACUGGCUAGUAACCAAAUUGGCGGGCGAACUACAUUGAUGUGA